ACGUGAAAUAAAGAACGUCUGUAGCCUACUGUAGGUUUACACUCAGAUUCACACCAGGAGGGGAGCACCCUGGUAAUCUGGUUACAUAAAAGGCCAUUUAAUUUGCAGUGCUCCCCGCGCAGCUAAUCCCUUAUUCCUGUGUGCCUGUCCCGCGUCGGAAACAACACUUGUGGCUUUCACGGUAUGCGCUUUUACAACCAAAAAGUAAGGCGUUUACAGGAUAGUAUAACCUGUACAUUAACAAGUCGAAACCUCACUAUAUCUACCCUUUUUGCCUCUCACGUUGCAGCGUCAAUUUAGCGAUGUGCUUUGCGUUAGUGACGAUUCGCUGACGCGCCUUUAGCCGCACCACCCUUGAGAGAGGAGCUACGAGGGAGCAAAAGGGGCUGGUAACCGGGCACUGUAUCUCUUUCUUUCCUAUCGAACGUGAGAGGAGGCGAGUCCUGCGGCAAAACGAGCGAAAUUUUAACGGCACCGGGAGAGGCAUCCAGGCUUUGAAGUGGAGAUGGAGGUUCCGAGCUUGGCACACAACAUAACGAGCCCAAUGAGUCCGUGCGAGGGCAUGUUAAAGAACCUCAGUUUAGACGCCAUACAGUUAUGCGAAAGAGAGGGAAAUAAAUCCCAGGACAGCGGCAUCGUGGAGAUGGAGGAACUUCCUGUUCCUCAGAACAUCAAGAUCAGCAGCAUCACCUGCGACUCCUUUAAGAUCUGCUGGGACAUGGAGCCCCGCGUGAAGGAACGUAUCACCCACUACUUCAUCGACCUCAACAAGAAGGAGAACAAGAACUCCAACAAGUUCAAACACAAGGAUGUCCCCACCAAGUUGGUGGCGAAGGCGGUGCCUCUCCCCAUGACGGUGCGAGGCCAUUGGUUCCUCAGCCCUCGUACGGAGUACACGGUGGCGGUCCAGACGGCGUCCAAGCAGAGCGACGGAGACUACGCCGUGUCAGAGUGGAGCGAGAUCAUCGAGUUCUGCACCGCUGAUUACUCCUCGGUGCAUCUAACCCAGCUUCUGGAGAAGGCGGAGGUCAUCGCUGGCAGGAUGCUGCGUUUCUCUGUCUUCUACAGGAACCAUAACAAAGAGUACUUUGACCAGGCCAGGGAGCACCAGAACAACCGCAUGCUGCCCUCGGUGAAGGACAACAGCGGCAGCCACGGUUCCCCCAUCAGCGGCAAGCUGGAGGGGAUCUUCUUCAGCUGCAACACCGAGUUCAACACCGGCAAGCCCCCCCAGGACUCCACCUACGGCCGCAUGCGCUUCCAGGUGCAGGCCGAGGCCCUGUUCAACCCCAACACCAACCUGUACUUCGCGGACUUCUACUGCAUGUACACGGCCUACCACUACGUCAUCCUGGUCCUGGCCCCUCAGGGCUCUCCCGGGGACGACUUCUGCAAGCAGAGGCUCUCGGCGCUGGACAUCACCAACAACCGCUUCCUGACGUGCACCCGGGAGGAGGGGGAGGGCGCGGGGCUGGUGUUCCACCAUGCCCAGGACGUGAUCCUGGAGGUGAUCUACACGGAGCCCCUGGACCUGGCGCAGGGCACCGUGGCGGAGAUCAGCGGGCACCAGCUGAACAGCCUGUCCACCUUCAACGCCAAGAAGGACCCCAGCUGCAAGACGUGCAACAUCAGCGUAGGGCGCUAAGGCCUGCGAGAGGCCCCGGCCUGGAACACUUUGGAACCGCCACACACACACACGUAUAGGCCUAUGUACCCCUACAAACACACUAUGACCCCCCUGAACACACAUGUACACACCAAAAAGACUUAACACACACAUCAAAUCUAAACAUUACAUAUCUCUGCAAUGCAUCCUCUUUGGAGAAAGAGUGUUAAGUGCUCACACACACACACACACACAUUCAUCCCCCCUGCCUGUCUGAGAGGAUCACAAUCUACUGAGGGGAGCUCUCCAACCGCCUCCGCAGAAGAAUCUGAGCUUGUUACAGCUGAGAUGUGGGACCCUGACCAACCCUCCACGGACCCCACCUCCCUCUGGCCUAGCUGCCCGAUCAUCCAUUCUCGCUAGCAAACCAUCCAUCCCUGCCUGCUAGCCGACCAUCCGUUCUCGCUAGCAAACCAUCCAUCCCUGGCUGCUAGCCGACCAUCCGUUCUCGCUAGCAAACCAUCCAUCCUUGCCUGCUAGCCGAGCAUCCAUUCCCGCCAGCCAACUAUCCGUUCCCGCUAGCAAACCAUUCAUCGCUGCCUGUUAGCCGACCAUCCGUUCACGCUAGCAAACCAUCCAUCGCUGCCUGUUAGCCUACCAUCCAUCCCUGUUAACCAGCACCAGUUGAUAGAUGAACCCUUUAACCAUUUUAACAAACCCCACAGAUAAUCAUAGCUUAUCUCCUCUUUAUUUUCCUAGUUUUUCUCAAAUACUGAGAAUGUUUUCUCAUUUUACCGAUUCUCCGUUGUACCUGUUCUUCUUUCUGUUGUGUGCUUCAGAUGUUUGUGUUCCUUGGUCUCACCUGAGGGUUUCAGUAUAUUGUUCCAGAUCUUAGUAGUGGUAGAGCCUGGUACUGACCUUGGGCCUGCAGCAUCGCCAUCCUAAUGCCAAAGGUAACGCAAAAACACGGACAAAAACCCGCUGUAGAAUGACUAUACUAAUGCAACAGCCUCUGUCUGAACUUGGAAGUCGAAGCACUUCGGUAACCUUUAAAAGCAUGAUGCAGUUCUGUGCAGCAUGAGUUUGACAACUAUCAGUACCUCUACCGACCAUGGCUACCGUUUUAUUUAUUCUAGUUGAAAGAAAAACCAGAAACUGUGUUUAGCAGAGUAAAUGUGAAAAAAUAUUUAUUUUUUAUUGAUAUAUAAAAAAUAUAAACCAGAAGUGCACAAUGUCAAAAGCUUUGAUCAUAGUAAAUAAUGGCAUUUAUGGGAGGGGGAAACAGGUUUUUUUCUAGCAAAGGAGAAAAAAAAUUGACAGCAGAAAUAACUUGCACUACUAUGCUAACAUAUACAACUAUUCUUUUUCCAAGGGUAAUGUAUAACUUGAAUUGUCACAAUUCAUAUUAACUAUGAGACUACUAUUACAUAUCAUAGCACAAUCUAGGACAAAAACCGA